CCUAGUGCCUUUUGGGUUAGAUAACAUAAACUCAAGUAAAGAAUUUGUUAACAGGAACAUUAUGAAUCUGCUAAUCUAUUUUUUUUCAUGCAACAGUACUAGCCUUGUAAUAUUUAGGACACCCUUUAAGCAAAUUUUCUAAAACUUGUAUUGAUUUAUGCAUUACAUAGAACUGUUGCUAUUUAAGUUUUUAAAUGAUUUAUUUGUUUUACUUGUAGUUGUAAUUAAAGUAUCUUUAUAUAUCUUAUCAACUUAGUAUGAUUAUUAUUUUAUAACAAUAUGAUCAACAAGUAUGAUUGAUAAUAAAACCAAUCAAUUCAUCAACAUUCAUUUCUACUGUAAAUCCUUUUCACAAUGAAUUUUUUAAAAAUGGUUUUUAAUUUCUUUUCCUUUUAGGUAUCUACCUGUCAAAGAAGAGACUUUAAGUACGGAUGAUUGCAAGCUUACUUGUGAAACUGAAAACCAGACACAGAGUGAAAAUAUGGGAAAAGAGGACACUGGAAAAGAUGAAGAGGAGAUACAAGAUGCAGCUGAUGUUGUGACACAAUCUUCUGUAUUUGAUACAGAUUAUAUUAACAGUCAUCUGAACAGUGUAAUAGGUGCUCUAACAAAGAUAAUGAACUGCAAAAUUGGUGAAUGUGAUGAAGCUGAUCAUGCCCGCCAUCAUAUGUUUGUAAAGAACCCUGCAGAUAUGUAUGAGAAAUACAUUAAACAGUAUUUCUUUGGAAGAAAAUUUUUAAGUUCUCAGGAACAAGAACAUCUACAAACAGUUCUCCAAGAAGAAAUGUUCUGCAGCAAACCUUUGCCUGGGUAAGAGUUUGCAGAUAAUUAUUUGAUUUUGAAGUCAUGAAUG